UUUGAUUUCGGUAAGUGCCUUCAGGUAGUCCUAUGAUAAUUGUUUUUCAGCAUUUAAAUGGAGUGACAGCAUUCAACACACUUAUAACAGAGUUGUAAAUCCAAGCAAAAACCUAAAUAUCUAACAAAGGUCACCUAACUGGAGUGGUCAUUUGAUGGGAGUCAAGUCAUCUGAUUGGAGUGGUCAUCUGAUGGGAGUAGGUCAUCUGACUGGAGUGGUCAUCUGAUGGGAGUCAAGUCACCUGACUGGAGUGGUCAUCUGAUGGGAGUCAAGUCAUCUAAUUGGAGAAAAUAUCUGAUGGAUGUCAAUAAAUUCAUCUGAUUGGAGUGGUCAUCUGAUUGGAGUGGUCAUCUGAUGGAUGUCAAUAAAGUCAUCUGAUUGGAGUGGUCAUCUGAUGGAUGUCAAUAAAGUCAUCUGAUUGGAGUGGUCAUCUGAUGGAUGUCAAUAAAGUCAUCUGAUUGGAGUGGUCAUCUGAUGGGAGUCAAGUCACCUGACUGGAGUGGUCAUCUGAUGGGAGUCAAGUCAUCUAAUUGGAGAAAAUAUCUGAUGGAUGUCAAUAAAUUCAUCUGAUUGGAGUGGUCAUCUGAUUGGAGUGGUCAUCUGAUUGGAGUGGUCAUCUGAUUGGAGUGGUCAUCUGAUGGAUGUCAAUAAAGUCAUCUGAUUGGAGUGGUCAUCUGAUGGAUGUCAAUAAAGUCAUCUGAUUGGAGUGGUCAUCUGAUGGAUGUCAAUAAAGUCAUCUGAUUGGAGUGGUCAUCUGAUUGGAGUCCUCUGGUGGAAGUUAAGAUGUUGACUAUAAGACCAUAUCCAUGUAUGAGCUUUUGUUCAAACCUACUGAGAACCAAACUCAGGAAUUCCAAUUACAACCAAAUACCAUUGAGUUGUGUGUUUUACAUGAAAACAUAUCGUUUUUCCCACUUGAUAAAAUCUGAAACCUCUAGACGCCUAAUCAAGGAAAUAACCGAGGUUUCCCGAAAUCAUCUGACCCCAGAGAUCGAUCUUCACCUCAUUACGCCAAAUUGUCCCUUAUGGCACAGUCGAGGGGACCAAUGUCCUUUUCCUGAUCCUUUCUGGGCCUUUUACUGGCCAGGGGGUCAAGCCCUUACCAGGUUUAUCUUGGAUAAUUCUGAGCUGUUCUGUGGUAGGACGGUAGUAGAUGUAGGAUGUGGUUGUGGAGCUUCCUCGAUAGCUUGUCAGAUGGUUGGGGCAUCUCACGUAAUAGCCAACGACAUUGACACUGUGGCAGAAGAGGCAGUAUCAUUAAAUGCUGAACUCAACAGUGUUUCUCAGACUACAAUCACCAGCAACCUAAUUGGUUGCCAUGACAGUAGAUGGGACAUAGUGUUGCUAGGAGAUAUGUUCUAUGACACAGAAUUUGCAGAGACUAUUACAAAAUGGGUGGUCUCCCUUCACGCAAAUGGUGUAACUGUAUUCAUUGGAGACCCAGGCAGACUUCCUUUUGAGCAACAUCCGCUUAAAUCGGACUUGAAGAUGGUGGCAGAAUAUCCUCUACAUGAAUAUUGCUUGAAAGAAAACAAUGGUCUUACUUCUGGGUUUGUUUGGAAAUAUGUACUUGAAAAUUCUGAGACAUAAUAAAAUGUAUAAUAUGUUAUAUGUACAAGUUUUGUUUUAGAAGUAAUUUAAUUGAAAAUUUUCAUAAGCACUGCUGAAAAGGCACUAGGGAUGUCAUAUACCACAGGCUUCAGCAGAGUUUUUAUAGAAAAAGAUAUUAGCCCCCUACUCCCAACUGUUUAUAGUAGUAGGGGCUACUAUUUUUGCUAUAAAUACUAGCCAGAUGCAGACGCCUGUGGACAUACUGCAAGAAAAACUUAUGUAAUAUGAUACAUGUAAUACCUUUUAACUGUCUCUCCUACAACAAAUAUACAUUGUUACUUUUCUGGUUGCUAAAAAAUUGUACAACUUUAACCAAACUUGGUUACAUGUACAUGUAUAUAGUAAAAUCACUUUAUAGUUAUCUCAAUACACCAUUCAUUUACAUAAUUUAUGGUCCAGUGAUUCUAGAUUAGGGAUGCUAGAAAAUCAAACGUUUAAAGUUUUGUGUUUAGCUCAGUUUCUCAAAAAGAAUAAAUGUAAUUCCAACCGAACGUGUAGUAUGGACAUCUCAACACACUGCAGAGUAUGGACAUCUCAACACACUGCAGAGUAUGGACAUCUCAACACACUGCAGAGUGUGGACUUCUCAACACACUGCAGAGUGUGGACAUCUCAACACACUGCAGAGUAUGGACAUCUCAACACACUGCAGAGUAUGGACAUCUCAACACACUGCAGAGUAUGGACAUCUCAACACACUGCAGAGUGUGGACUUCUCAACACACUGCAGAGUGUGGACAUCUCAACACACUGCAGAGUAUGGACAUCUCAACACACUGCAGAGUAUGGACUUCUCAACACACUGCAGAGUAUGGACAUCUCAACACACUGCAGAGUGUGGACAUCUCAACACACUGCAGAGUGUGGACUUCUCAACACACUGCAGAGUGUGGACAUCUCAACACACUGCAGAGUAUGGACAUCUCAACACACUGCAGAGUAUGGACAUCUCAACACACUGCAGAGUAUGGACAUCUCAACACACUGCAGAGUGUGGACUUCUCAACACACUGCAGAGUGUGGACAUCUCAACACACUGCAGAGUAUGGACAUCUCAACACACUGCAGAGUAUGGACUUCUCAACACACUGCAGAGUAUGGACAUCUCAACACACUGCAGAGUAUGGACAUCUCAACACACUGCAGAGUGUGGACUUCUCAACACACUGCAGAGUGUGGACAUCUCAACACACUGCAGAGUGUGGACAUCUCAACACACUGCAGAGUGUGGACAUCUCAACACACUGCAGAGUGUGGACAUCUCAACACACUGCAGAGUGUGGACAUCUCAACACACUGCAGAGUAUGGACAUCUCAACACACUGCAGAGUAUGGACUUCUCAACACACUGCAGAGUAUGGACUUCUCAACACACUGCAGAGUAUGGACUUCUCAACACACUGCAGAGUAUGGACAUCUCAACACACUUCAGAGUAUGGACAUCUCAACACACUGCAGAUUAUGUGAAUUCUUAUUAUUUUUGCUGUAUUUUUUAAAACUAAAAACCUUACAUUUCCAAUUUCCAAAAGAUUUACAAAUUAGUUUAUAGCCAAAUUGGAAUGAAUUCUAUACUACAUGUAUAUCAGAUGUAUGGUCGUUUCAUGAUCAUCUUUCAGAAAGUGAUUUUUGAGGUAUAAAUAACAUAUUUAGGUGCAUUUGCAUCGUCAGAGACCCACGAAGUAUAGCGUAGCAUAGUGCAAUCAACCAGGGGUCUCUGAUGAUGGUGCUUUUGGAGAAUUAGUGAUUUAUGAAAAAUUUGACAUUUGUUUUUCAAUGCAUCAAUAUUUACAUAUCUAUAAUGCAUACAGUAGUCAUACUAUAUAAAUAGUGCCCUUGUCUGAGGGGAAUAUGGAGGAUUGUUUCCCCUCGAGAACAUUAUCUUCCCUCGCCUAUCGGCUCGGGAAGAUAAUGUUCCCUCGGGGAAACAACCCUCCAUAUUCCCCUCAGAAAAGGGAACUAUUUAUUUUAUUAUACCGAGUAGAAAUAAUAUUCCAAAUAUUGAGGCAAACCUCUUGGACGUCUGCUCCAUGUUUACAAGUUGUCUGUGUCACUGUUGCGUUUGUAAGAAUUGUCUCCCUUCUCAAUGUUCGGGAUUUUCCGUAAGAAACAAUCGUGCGUUUUCGGGCGGAGCGGGGAACAUUGCAAUAUCCCACGGCAAUGUUGACCGCUGUUUCUGACACUGCAUAUUGUUUCAGGUCAUGUGAUUAGGAAUUGACCAAUAAUAUGGCGAGAAUCUUACAGAAGGUAUAAUACUAUCAAUUGGUGUCUUUUUUGGUUGUUUGUGGAAAAAAUACUGAGAUUUCAAUACAUUUUGGAGUUUGCUUAUAACUCUCAUUACUGACAAAGUGGAACAGUAGAACUACAUGUAAUUCUUACUUCUAUAAUUGUGGCAAUGCCAGAAUGCUUGUCCAUUAGCUUCCAUUCAAACAAACUCUGCAGUAUGGUAUAGGUUACUGAAACCACACUAAUGGGAUUUCUAGUUAAAAAAAAACAAAAAAAACAUCAUUUGUUUGAAGAAAAAUCUUUAUUGAAAAAGAAAAGAUGAUAAUGAUAUGUAACAUGAUGUAAAUCUAGCAAAGUUUACAAUAUAUUGAAAAAAUAGAAAUAUAUUGUAACUUAACAAAAAAAUAUCAUUGAUAUAAUACAAUAUCUCUAUCUCAUGGAGAUUUCAAUAGAUCUCAUCACAGGUGUGAACUUACUGGGAACAUUUCUCUGACUACAAUGUAAUAUCAAUAUAACUAGAUAAGAGGGCCGUAUUCCUGAACAACACAUGCAUCAAUGGCUGAUGGUACUUGGUGACUAUAGUUACAUAUCAAGGUAAUUUUGUAUUCUCUAGGUUCCAAUGUUUGGUGUUGACAUACUGCCAUACUUUUCAUUCCUUACUAUAUAACACUACUAACGAACCUAUAUAUGAUUCAAAUUUUUGUAAAUCGAAGUUUUCGAUGAAUGGAACUUUUUUUAUGGACCAUUAGCUAUGAUAUUAUAGGUUACUGACAUCUCAUGAUUUGAACAAAAAAAUUACCUGUGCUGACCACUGGACAGGUGUUUGUCGUGACCCCGCGGCAAGACUUAAUUCACACCUCUCCCUCAAACGCCCUGACUGACAAUAGGGAUAACGAUAGCGUGUGUUGUCUAUCAUGAUCAUGGGGUUAAUUAAUAAUCAGGCCCAAUUUAUACAUUAAUUGUGUAUUUAGAAGCCAUGUUAUUUAAUCACUCCGGUAUAAUAUACCGAUAGUCGCCACUGAAAUCAGCGGUUGGUGAGUAAAUUUUACGGAUCAGUAAAACAAGUGGAACAAUUUUAAACACACACAAUAAGCGAUGUCUUUUCUCAUAUUCCAAGUGUCACGUUUCAAACUUAUACCUAAAUAUCCAUGUAAAUUGAUCAUUUGUCAUUCAAUCAUGCAUUCUCCAACUGAUCGGCAUUCCGCAUUUUAUAUAUGCACAUAACGUAAACACAAGUGUCUUCAGCAAAAAACAUUUAUGUAAGUUUGCAUUGUUUAAUUAAUAAAAUGCUUAACUGAUGAAAAGUA